GCGGGCGAGUUCUCGAUCUUCUUGAAUUUUGUUGCCAUUAAUUCGACCUCCCAUAAUUUCCGGCUGCCUGUAAGUCACUGAGGGUGUACUUUCAGUUAUUAUGAUGGAUGAGUAAGUCUAGCAUCAUUUGGGUGGUUGGUUUGUUUUAAGAAUGGAGUUGCUUUAUGGAUUUAGAAGGGGGUUUCAUAAUGAAAUCCCAAGAUGGCUUUUUCUGGUGGGUGUGGUGGCUAUUACUCAUUUAUUUUUUCAGUCCUUAUCUCUCUCGUAUGGAAAUACUCUUCGGUCUUUGUUUCUUGACGGAAAGCUCCCAAUGCAUGGGAAAAAUAGCCUCUUUGUACAAUCUUCCACAAAGUCCACCAUUUUUCACAAUCCUCGUAUGAAUUUGACAGAUGUGUCUAUGUCUGGUGGGGUGGUAAAUGAUGCUAACAACUUCAUUGCCGAUGGAGUUGUUAAGUAUGGUAGUGGAUUUAAUGGAGAAGGUGUAGACAUCAAGAACAGUUUUCAAUUGGUGGGAACCAAAGAAGAUGAUAUGGAUAAGCAAGCUGUGGUUAGAAAUAUAGAUGAUGGUAUUGCAUCUAAGACCCGUGAAGAUCCAAAUGAGAGUUCUGCAUUACACAAUGUUAAAGAGCAGGAAAUUAUUUCUAAGGAAAACAGCUUUGAUUCAGAGGGAGUCAGAGAAGAUGACACUAAUAAGCUUGCAAUGGAUAGAAUUGUGGAUGACAGUUCUGUAUCCGAAACCCAGGAAGAUCAAAAUGAGAGUUCUGCAUCAGACAAUACUGAAGAUGAGAAUGAUAUUUCUAAUGAGAACAAUUUUGAUUCAGAGGAAGCCAGGGAAGAUGAGACUAUCAAGCUUGUUGUGGAUAAAGAUUUAGACAAUGGUUUUACAUCCAAGAAUCAUGAAAACUUAAAGGAUAGUUCCGCAUCACACAAUAUUAGAGAUCAAGAAAAUAUUUCUAAUGUUGAGUUAAACAGUGGAUCCAGAAAUUCAUUUACUACAGGGCAGGUCAUGAAAACUGACCAUGAAAUCUCAACAGAUAUGCUUUUAGAGAAUAAGACAAGUCAGAUGCCAAAAGAGGUUGAGCAUGUAAAUACUGCUUCUCAAUCUCCUUCCUUCACAUCAGAAAUGGCUUCAUCAAUGAACAAUACCAGUUCUGCAAGCUCUGCAUCAAAUGCAGGUUCUUCUGGUCAUUCGGCAUCUGUGCUGAAUGGUUUUGUGAAUUCAAGAAAUAAUUCUGCCGUGAUUGGUAAACCUGGAAGGAAAAAUGUGAGGUCUGAAAUGCCACCAAAAUUGGUGACAACAAUAGAUGAAAUGAACCAAAUAUUAUUGCGGCACCGUUGGUCUUUACAGUCAAUGGUUCCUCAACAUACUUCUGUACGCAAUCAGGAAAUAUUUGCUGCUAGAUCACAGAUAGAGAAUGCUCCUUCCAUCAAUGAUCAAGAACUUUAUGCUCCUGUCUUUCGAAAUGUUUCCAUGUUUAAAAGGAGCUAUGAACUCAUGGAACGCACACUCAAAGUUUAUGUCUAUAAGGAUGGAAGUAAACCUAUAUUUCAUCAACCAGUACUCAAGGGAUUGUAUGCCUCAGAGGGAUGGUUUAUGAAACUGAUGCAAGGAAAUAAGCAUUUUGUUGUCAAGGACCCUCGAAAGGCUCAUCUGUUUUACAUGCCAUUUAGUUCACGAAUGUUACAGUACACCCUUUAUGACCACAAUUCUCAUGAUUGGACAAACCUACAGAAUUAUUUGAAGGACUACACUGAAAAGAUUGCAGCCAGAUAUCCUUACUGGAACCGAACUGGUGGAACAGAUCAUUUUCUUGUUGCCUGCCAUGAUUGGGCCCCAUUUGAAACAAAGCACCACAUGGACAAUUGCAUCAAAGCUCUCUGCAAUGCAGAUGUCACUGUAGGCUUCAAAAUAGGGAGGGAUAUUUCUCUUCCAGAAACAUUUAUCCGGUCUGCAAAAAAUCCUCUUAGAACUCUUGGGGGAAAACCACCUUCUAGGAGACACAUUCUUGCCUUCUAUGCUGGAAAUAACCAUGGCUAUGUACGCCCAAUCUUGCUAAAGUAUUGGAAGGAUAAAGACCCCGAUAUGAAAAUCUUUGGUAUGUUGCCUCGUGGUGUUGUAAGCAAAAUGAAUUACUUCCAGCACAUGAAAAGCAGCAAGUACUGCAUCUGCCCCAAAGGUUAUGAGGUUAACAGCCCACGGGUGGUUGAAGCUAUCUUCUAUGAGUGUGUACCUGUAAUCAUCUCUGACAAUUUUGUUCCCCCAUUUUUUGAAGUCCUGGAUUGGGGAGCAUUCUCAAUAAUACUUGCAGAGAAAGACAUUCCCAACCUGAAAGACAUACUGCUUUCAAUACCAGAAGAAAAGUAUCUUGAAAUGCAACUUGCUGUCAGGAAAGUUCAGCGGCAUUUUCUCUGGCAUGCUAGGCCUGAAAAGUAUGAUCUCUUCCACAUGACCCUUCAUUCAAUUUGGUACAACAGAGUUUACCAAGUAUAACUUAGCUAAGCAUUGCAAUAAGGGGUUUAAAUUGUGAACAAACGUCAAAGCAGCGGUUGGAGAUGGGAAUGAAAAUGGAAAGGUACGUUCAUAUAACCCAAGAAAAUUUAUAUUUGAUUUUGUGUGAGAAAGUAACUUGCGGAAACACUUGUAAAUUAACAUCUGGGUGAGAAAAUUUAUCUGUAAAUGUACUCUCAUUAUUUUUCUACAAGAAAAAUAACAUGCUCAAUGUUUCUUAAUACAGACAGACAAUGAUACUUCCCCUAGAAGAAUGUUGUCAAACUCUUCUUUCUUUUCUGAUAUUCAUCCUUUAAAUAGUGGGGCUCAGAGGAAUGCCAUCUAUGAAAAUUUUAG